AUGGAUCGUUUGGAGUAUGAGGCGACAACAUCGGGUAAUGCGGGUUUGUUUAGAAGGAUUAAAGAUGGUGAGGAAUUACCAUAUGUUCCUUAUAAGAAAACACCCAAAGACAUCAGUGUUCUUCACAUUGCACAUGCAUUCAAGCAAAUAUAUUUCUUCAAUGACAUCCCACUUGAAUAUGGAUCUCCACUGUUUUGGGGCACCAACAAGAAAAUGACGGGUGCAUUUCUCUUAACGGAUAAUGCAAUGCAGGGAGUGGACAAACCUUGUAAGUCACGUCAGUAUUUCUCUACUCCAAUAGAAGCAUUGUAUGCACCAUGCGUCUAA